AUGACUUUGUCCCAGUUCAGUUCAACAGAAACCCUCAGGAACCCUGAGGUCACUAACAACUUGGUCAACUCGAGCCCUAAUCUCUCGCCUCGGGAUGAGAAAGACCUCUCAAUACCAUCAACACCAGCAGAGUCAAUUAGUCUUGAAAGCCAAACCCCGCUAUCACCACCAUAUCAUGUGUUCCCUCGAUCUCGCAAGUUGUUGAUGGUCAUUAUCGUCUCCCUGGCUGCCAUCUUCUCCCCGUUAUCUUCAAACAUCUACUUCCCUGCGCUUACAGAUGUUGCAGAGGAACUCAAUGUCUCAAUGUCUUUAGCUAGCUUAACUAUCACGAUAUACAUGAUUGUCCAAGGUCUCGCCCCGAGCUUUUGGGGUUCUUUCUCAGAUGUGUUGGGCCGUCGUGUGAUUUUCAUUGGAACAUUUGCUGUCUACAUUAUUUCGAACAUUGCUUUGGCCGUUUCUACCAACUAUGGUGAACUUAUGGCUUUCCGAGCACUGCAGGCUGCCGGAAGUGCGGCCACCAUCUCAAUUGGUGCCGGUGUCAUUGGUGAUAUUACUACCUCAGCGGAGCGAGGCAGUCUGAUUGGAAUCUUUGGUGGUGUCCGCAUGUUGGGCCAGGGAAUUGGACCAGUAUUCGGUGGAAUUCUCUCUCAGUACCUUGGGUUCCGGUCUAUCUUCUGGUUCUUGGCUAUUGCAUCCGGAAUCAGUCUUUUCUCUAUUAUGUUCUUCCUCCCCGAAACACUCCGAACUAUCGCUGGCAACGGCACCGUUCCCCUCAAAGGCAUCCACAAGCCAAUCAUCUACUACAUUUGCGGACAGAAGAACGCACAAGAAGACUCAACCCCAUCCGGAAAGAAGACCAAGGUGACCAUCAAGACCGUGCUAGCACCCCUCGGCUUCCUAGCCGAAAAGGAUGUCUUCAUCACCCUGUUAUUUGGCAGCAUGGUGUACACAGUCUGGUCGAUGGUAACCUCCUCUACAUCUGCCCUGUUCGAAGAAAAAUACGGCCUGAACUCACUGGAAGUCGGCCUGACCUUCCUCGGCAAUGGCUUCGGAUGCAUGACUGGCUCCUACACAAUUGGAUACCUAAUGGACUUCAACCACAAGCGAACGGAGCGCGAAUACUGCCAGCGGCACAACCUCCCCAUUGAUACUCGCAUCAACUUAAAGAGCCACCCCGACUUCCCUAUCGAGUACGCCCGCAUGCGCAACACUUGGUGGAUCACUGCUAUCUUCAUUGUCUGUGUCGCUGUCUACGGAGUGUCCCUCCGUACACAUCUUGCCGUCCCAAUUAUCCUGCAGUUUAUCAUCGCCUAUGGCUCCACCGCUAUCUUCACCAUUAAUAGCGCUCUCGUUAUUGACUUGUACCCCGGUGCUAGUGCCAGCGCAACCGCAGUCAACAACUUGAUGAGAUGUUUGAUUGGUGCUGCUGGUGUUGCGGCUGUUCAGCCCAUCAUUGAUGCUCUCACUGCCGAGUUUGCAUUUCUCAUGCUCGCUGGCAUUACGAUUGUGAUGGUCCCUCUUCUCAUGGUUGAGAUGAAGUGGGGAUAUGGAUGGCGUCUUGAGCGGCAAGAGCGCAUUCAAAACAAGGAAAACUCGAUUUGA